AUGGACUCCCAUGACGGGGGUGUUAUUCCUUCCAUAUGUUCUAUGACUGAGGAGGAUACAUUAUCAGAUGUAAACACAAACGAAGAUGACUUUUUGCCUUUCCCACACCUUUUGACUGAGGAGGACACAAUAUCAGAUGAACCCACAAACGAGUUGACUCAUGUGUCUUCAGCAGAAAAAUCAACAUUUACAAUAAUUGACAGGAAAGAAGUGUAUACACUUGGCGACAAAAUCAAAGUACAGAUAGAGCUUUACGACCAUGCUGGGAACCGGAAGUCUAGUGGAGGCGAGUUGGUCAAAGUCACCCUUACCAGAAGUGACCUUACAAAUACGGCUGUCACUGGUUACGUGCUUGACAACGGUAACGGAAGCUACACGGCGGAAAUAGAGGCACUAUGGGCUGGCAAAUCAAACUUGUCUGCUAGUCUGGUUUACAGCAGGCAAGCCAUAGCUGCUCUAUAUAGAAUAAGGAGAGAGAUACUUUCAACGAGGGUUAUUCAGGCCACAUUUAGCAGUAGGACAUAUCAAGAAACAACUGACUGCCAUCCAAAUAUUUCACAUUUAUUGAAACUGAAGAACUACAGUGCUUUUUGCAACUUUACAUACAUCAAUUCUGGGAUGCCAUGGUACUGUGGGCGACCACGUGACAUUCAUUUGCUGUGUGAAGACUGGCAUGCGGUCAAAACACAGGCAUUUCCACCCUUGCCUAUCACCAAAGUAGAAGACACGAUUAUCUCAAGAGGUGUUGUUCCCAUCUCAAAAGCCAUUGCCCUUCAAGUAGCGGGAAAUCGGCAGAUGGAGGCCAAGAAUCCUUGUUCCCGCAGGAACUUCCGUGAACUCUGGAGAGAACGACAGCCCACGGGAUACUUCUUCAACGGAAUUUGGCAUCUGAGACAAUGUGCAGGCCGAUCGAAGCGACACUACUCUUCCACGGUUAUGUAG